AUGCCUCCGAGAGCUCAUCCACCUCUGCAAAUCCCCGAUUCCUACGCUACUCUCCCUCUCAAGCAGAUCAAAGUCUCUCACGUCCCCGAAUCCUCGCCAACUCCCACGCCGGUGCUUAUCAUAACAUUAAACAGACCGCAGAGACAAAAUGCCUUCACAGACCAGAUGCGGGAGGAUAUGGAACGAGUUUAUGAACUCAUUGACAUUGAUCCACGGGUCAAGGUUGUAGUCUUGACUGGCGCAGGGCGGAGCUUCUGCGCAGGAGCUGACCUGGAGAUUGGGUUCAUUGGAGCAAAAGAUGAGAGUGGCCAGGUCAAGAACCCCAAGACUGAACGUGAUGUGGACCACAGAGAUGGCGGAGGGAGAACUUCUCUGGCAAUUCACCACUGUUCCAAGCCAACCAUCGCUGCCAUCCAAGGUGCCGCUGUUGGUGUGGGCAUCACUAUGUGCCUACCAGCAACCAUCCGAAUUGCAUAUGCGAAAGCCAAGAUCGGCUUUGUGUUUAGCAGACGAGGGCUCAUCAUGGAGGCAUGCUCCUCCUUCUUCCUCCCGCGAUUGAUUGGUCACUCCAGAGCACUGCAUUUGACCACGACUGGUUCCGUGUAUCCUGCGGAGAGUCCACUGUUUGGCACUCUUUUCUCCGAACUAUGUCCAACACCAGAGGCAACCGUGGCUCGAGCACUCGAGCUCGCAGAUGAAGUUGCAAAGAACACAUCCACCGUCUCGACAAAGCUCAUGAGAGAGCUUAUGUACCGAGGAGCGGACAGUGCAGAGGGCGCCCACCUUCUUGAUUCCAAGAUUAUCCACGGCUUGUUUGGCAGCAAGGACAACCUUGAAGGUGUUGAGAGCUUCUUGGAGAAGAGACCAGUCAAGUUUGCCGGAACAAUGCCUCAGGACGCUCCAGCUGCGUAUCCUUGGUGGGAACAGAUCGAUAUUGGGCAAAAGGGGCCUGACCCAAGAGGCAAGCCGAAGCUGUAG